AAUAGGGGUAUGUGUACUUUUGAGGAAGGUUUCAAGAGAAGCGCCUCUGGGGAAAGUAGAGAGGGCUGCUCGGGAGAGGAGUCCAGUUGUCAGGGUCAGGUUCCCCGCCGGCGCUGGGAGGAGCCGGGCGUCCCGCCGCGCCUGCCCCGGGCCGACUGCGCGUGCGGCGGGGGUAGAGGCGGCCGGCGCACCAGGAAGUGACUUCCCCGCCACUGCAAACUAGGCCGUCCGCCGGUCUUUUGGUUUGCCGCCUCAGCUUUGUAAGAGGAUUUAUUGGUUACUGAGGAAGGUGAAUUUCAGUGGUGUCUUUGGAUGGCAGGCAUUAAGAGGAAAGUCCCAGUGCACAGAUUGAGAUGCUUCCUCUCUAUGGUGGGUUUCUUCUCCAAACCAGGGCUGUUUCCCUGGUGGGCCAGAAAAACACCAGGUUGGUCACGGCUAUUUUUGAGCACAGCAUGUAAGGGAAAUUUCACCCAUGUGAUAGCCAAGAAGUGUCAAAAAGGACAAAAAAGUCAGAAGGAACCAAGCCAUCUUGGACCACUAGAUGGUUCCUGGCAGGAAAGGCUGGCUGAUGUUGUGACGCCACUCUGGAGGAUGAGCUAUGAAGAACAGCUCAAGGUGAAAUUUGAAGCUCAGAAGAAAAUUUUACAAAGACUAGAGUCUCACAUCCAAAUGCUCAAUGGAGUCAAUGUGACAACAGCUGCAUCCAAAUUUGAGGGGCUCCGUUGUCUUCUCCAUCCUAUUAUACCCUCUCCUGUCAUCAGUGGCUACCGAAAUAAGUCCACCUUCUCUGUGAACCGAGGUCCAGAUGGCAAUCCAAAGACUGUGGGGUACUACGUGGGAACUGGGAGAGAUGGGAACAUCAUUUGUGUACAGUCUAAGCAUCUGAAAAACAUCCCUCAGAAACACAAUCAAGUGGCACAGUACUAUGAAACAUUCCUUCGACAGUCUCCACUGGAACCCUGCCUUCUGUUUCAUGAAGGUGGAUACUGGCGUGAACUCACAGUCCGCACCAAUAGCCAAGGGCACACGAUGGCUAUCAUCACUUUCCAUCCCCAGGAGUUAAGUCAGGAGGAGCUCUCUGUUCAGAAGGAGACUGUAAAGGAAUUUUUCAUCCAAGGCCCUGGAGCAGCCUGUGACUUGACCUCACUUUACUUCCAGGAAAGCACCAUGACUCGCUGCAGCCAUCAGCAGUCCCCCUACCAGCUCUUAUUUGGGGAACCCCACAUCUUUGAAGAUCUCCUAGGCUUGAAGAUCCGCAUCUCUCCAGAUGCCUUUUUCCAGAUUAACACUGCUGGUGCAGAGAUGCUGUAUCAGACUGUGGGGGAGCUGAGUGGCGUGAACUCUGACACUGUCCUCCUUGACAUCUGCUGUGGAACUGGUGUGAUUGGCCUCUCUCUGGCUCAGCAUACAUCCCAGGUCCUUGGGAUUGAAUUGGUGGAGCAGGCGGUAGAGGAUGCCAGGUGGACUGCAGCCUUCAAUGGGAUCACAAACUGUGAAUUUCACACUGGUCGAGCGGAGAACAUUUUGCCACAGCUGCUAAAGUCAAAGGAAGAUGAGCAGUUAAUUGCUGUGGUAAACCCAGCCCGCGCCGGACUGCAUUACAAAGUGGUUCAAGCCAUUCGAAACUGCAGGGCUAUCCGCACACUAGUUUUUGUUUCCUGCAAGCCCCAUGGUGAAACCACAAGGAACAUCAUUGAGAGAUCAAGAGGUGACAAUGCCCACAUCUGGCCCAGAGCCACACAAUGGAAGAACAUGUAAAUAUCCUCAAGUGUAUUCAUAACUGUUAGGGAGCCUCAGGACACGUGGAUGGAAGAGGCCUUUGCUCUGAGGACCUAGAAAAGGAAUUUAAAUACUUCGAGAUGUUUAUAUUCACCAUUUGCAAUUACUGAUCACCUUUAUGUGUAACAAAGCAAGGAAUAUCUGAGAAGAAGAGAGGGCUAUAUUAUGCUUAGCUGUUUAAUAGUCUGUCUACUCCAACUAGACUAUAAAGUUUGAGAGGACAAACUAUACACUUAAUCACUAUUGUAUCUCUAACACCUAGCAUGGUGUCUGAAGUGUGGCAGGUGCUCAGAAAGGCGACAUAGCAUACUAGCCAAGUAGAGCAGCUUUGGAUUAAGGCUGACCUGGGCUUGAAUCCUAGCCUCAUCACUUACAUGCUGUGUGACCUUCGGCAAGUUACUUAAUCUCUCCAACCCUCUAUUCCCCGUUCCUCUCUCUGUAAAAUAAGGGUAAUAAUAUUAAUAGUACUUACCUCAUGUGAUUGUUUUGACUGAUUUAGUGAAACAAUCUAUAUAUAUAGCACUUUGCAAAUUGCCUGGCACAUAGCAUGCAUGAAAUGAGUCAUUCUUAAUAAUCUGAUUAUUUGUCGAGUGAAUAAAUGGAUGUCCUGGCCUGCUUUCCCUCUCAUUCUAGAGGUUAACUACCAGAAUUAACCUAAUCAGUUUGUUUUUGGUAAGGUUUCAAUAUUUAAUUUUAGGUGAACAAAACCAAAUACAUAUUGGAAAGAGUUCCUUCCCUGUUGUUGUGGGUGUUUCUCAGCAUUUAUGGUUUAGUCAAAUAUGAUAGCUUCUAGUAAAAGGUUUAAAUACAGUUUGAAGAAAAAUGAAGCAUAGAAAACAAAGAAGGCCAUCCCUCUCAUUUUGUCACUUUCAUAAUAUUCAUUGCUAAAAAUAACCCACUUGUCAAAUUGCUUAGUACUACUGUGAGAAGUGCUAAUGUAGGACAUGUUUUCUGAAAAUAACUGUGAUGAGGUGUCAUGGAUUAAGGGCUUUGGUACAGAAGUAAGUGAUGGAGUUCCCUUCUGGGUGGAAUAGCUCCAGAUCAUCAGUUGCUCAGAACACCUACUAGCCUGCCCUUUCAACCUCCUAAGAGGAAACUUGUUUCUAGAGGUGGGUUUUUUUUUCCAACUAAACAUACUAUAUGGAAUCUUGGAUUAGAUCCUGAACAACAACAAAAAAAAGGACAUUAGUGAAAAAACUGGUAAAGUCUAAAUCAAGUCUAUUGUUUAAUAGCUGGUAUUUUACUAAUGUUAAUGUGGUAGUUUUGAUCAAUGUACUAGAAGUAAGAUGUUACUAUUAGGGGAAGCUGGGGGAAGGGUAUAUGUGAACUCUGUACUGUAUUUAUAACUCUUCAGUAAAUCUAAAAUUAUUUCAAAAUGCAAAGUUAAAAGAAACUAAACAUAGUCUUUUAAAAACUAAUCAUGCUGAUUGAAAGCAAAUUCUAGAAAAACCCAGUCUGGGCAGGUGUUGAGGCCAGGGCUCCAGGGUGAGAGUUUUACUCACCCGGAUACCCAGAUAUGUGCUAGAUACUUGACUAACUGUAAGUACUAACCGUGACAAGGUGACAAGAGGGGUAGCAUGUAGCAAUUCUUUUACAAAUAAGGAACUUCUAGCACCCUAUCAAAAAAAACAGUUCCUUUUGUUCAGUAUAAAUAAGCCUGGUUCAAAACACAGCAGCCCAACUUCAAAGAGGUCCAAAUAUAAAUUUUCUUAAACUCACAUCUUAGAGUUAUUUGCUCAGCUUGGGGUUUGGAAGGAAUUCCUCAUUGUAGUGCUAAACCUGAAAUGGUAAUUGCGUUUGAGUGAGUGUCCUGAACAUAAGCAGGGGAGGAGGAAGAGGAAUGAUCCAGCGCAAUGAUUUUUUUAUUGGUACAUAAUAGUUGUAUGUAUUUGGGGGUAUAUGUGAUAUUUUGAUAUAUGUAUAUACAGCGUAUAAUCAGAUCAGGGUAAUAGAGAGAUUCGUCACCUCAGACAUUUUUUCUUUAUGUUGGGAAC